CGCAUAAGACCAUGCUGUAAAUACCCAACCAUCCGGUAUCAACUUUUUGUUUAUUCUUUCGUGAACUUCCACUUAGCUCGCUCAAAGUACCUUAGUGAAUGGUUCUAAGGGAUAUAUCAUGACGUACCAUCAUAGAUCUAGCCCUUUUGAACGCAAACCUGGUCAUGGAAUGUCAAAGUUUCCAGGACAGAACCCCAGGCUAUACUAUGACCAAGAUAUAAGAGCACAACUUCGCCCCCAUGCAUCGUCAGAAACACUGCAGAAUAAUGUCAAUGGAAAUAGCUACCAGAAUCAGUACCUAGCGUAUCAUGUCGAAGCAGAAUACUAUACAAUCUUCAAGGGUGCGCAAAAGCUUCUGCCCUCGAAAAAGCAACCUCAAAAUGAUAUACCAUAUUUUGACAAGCCGAAGGAAACUCGCAAAAUUUUUUCCGGUGUGAAAGUUGCCCAACCUCGGACCGUAACAAGAAAGAUAGAUGAAACUUUCCGGGUCAGCAAGCAUACAUCUGCCGGUCCAAGGAAGAUGAUGAUGUCUCUUAAAAAGAAGAAGACUGAAAAUUCUUGCAGCGCUACAACCUUCCAUGUUUCUUUGGACAAUGCCGACGAGGAGGAUAUGUACAGUGGCUGUCAGGAUGUAGAGGAGGCAGUUAACCUUGAUCCACUUCAAGCUAGAAAGCCUGUGAACAAGUAUAGACUAAAGAAUCAAAAAUGGACACGAUGGGAUGUUGUUGAUCGUCAAUAUCUGUCAUUCUCGGACUCAGAAGGGAACAGCGACACUUUCACUACUAGUGGCAAAAACGAUGCGACAAUGGAAGUUUCACAGCCGAAUGAGGAGUAUGUACAGGAGAACGGUGACAAUGAUGUUGAAAUAUCCAACGCCGAUGCGAAGGAAGAAGACGAGGACGACGCACUGCAAUCAGAUGAUGACGUUGUGGGGCCAUGGCACGAAGCUACGCCUCCAGUUGCACUACAUUCUGUGGAGACUUCCACAUUGAGCGGUAUGCAAAAAAGUGGUAUACUGGAAGAGACAGCUGUACAGACAUCGAAAGAAACUCAAGAAAUCAAUCCUGAGGCCCAGCUCACUAGUGUUUCGAACACUUUUGACAUACCAAUCUUGAACGCGACAACCGUUGCAUUUAGUUCAGCUCUUGUUGCUUUAACAAAUGACACUGUCUCCGGUAUCGUUGCGCCGAAUUCAAAAGCUAUCACUGCUAAUCGAAAAGUGAAGGUUAUGGACACAGUCGCUGCUCGAAAAGCAACCACCAAGGCCAAAGCAAAACCACAGCAUCCUCCUACCAAAUCGUCCUAUGCGAUCAAAACAGACAAGAAGAUGAAACAGCAGACAGCAAGUAAAGGGAAGAAGGGUAAAAAGAAGGGCAAAAAACAAGUAAAGAAACCUACUCAACCUCAAGAAGAAUUUAGCACUACAGGUGCAUUCCUGACUAGAGGUACCGCGCGACAACUGGCGGGUCCUUACGGAUUUCAGCCUAACCCUUUCAACUACCACCACAAGCAAGCUGUAGAAGUUCUCAAUAUCAACGGCUGUUGGUACAGUGGCGUGUUAAUGGAAAUGAAUAGUGGAAGAGUCAAAGUUAAAUACAUAGACUGGAAGGAGCACGAAUGGAUUAUCGUUGGAUCUCGGCGUUUGCGACCGGUUGUGGAAUCUGCCACUGUAGAUGAGGCUGCCAAAGUGGCAGCAAACCAAAAUCAACCAGAGUCUAGCUUGGCAGCGGUUGCCACUGAAAAUGACGAAACCGUAAUUGCAUCCAACGCUGACCUGCUAGUAGCAAAUCCUACUAAUUUAUCAAACAGCAAUAACUUAACACCUCAAGUUAUCAGGGAUGAAAUUGGAUCCGUUAAUGAACUGCAUAUGCUCCAACAGAACAGCAACGAUCCUUCAGAAACUAGCUUUCAGACGCCUGAAAGUCCUGGUUCAGCUUUGCCAAUAAAGAAGCGAGUAGUAGCAGAGCCAGUGAUACACGAGUAUAGGACAACUGGAGCUUUUGCAACUAGGAAUGCCUUGCGAGAACUAGCCGAUCCUCACGGAUUUACACCAAACGCAUAUGGGUAUUCUUAUCAAUGCAGAGUGGAAGUUCUUAACGUCAAAAAGUUUUGGGAGCCAGGAAAUCUUGUAGCCAUGGACAAAAAUCGUGUUAAAGUGCGUUUUGAAGGGUGGGACGAGGAGUCUGAUGAAUGGAUUACGAUGGGCAGUCGGAGGCUGAGAGUGAUGGCCCAAGUGGACCAGGAGAAUAGUUUGGAAAGCUUACUUGUGCAUGAACUCAACCCUGAGUUAUUAGACGAAGCAAGAAGGCCAACGAAGCGAAGAGUUCUCGGGCCUGACGACGAGUUUUGGAUUACGCAAGCAAGAUUGCAUGAAGAAGCGGAGCGUAAUAAGAAGCGACGAGGUAAACCGAAGGACGACGAUGCCUAUACUGAAAAUGCCCAGGACAGUUUGGAAGCAGCUGAUGUAGAAAAGGAAAACAAGCAAGAAUUAGCCAUGUUCCCUCCUAACAUAUAUGGCUAUUACUUGAUGCAGCACGUUCAUGUAUUGCAGAUGGAUCGCAAGUUCUACGAAGCACGUUUGGUGGCAAUGGCCAAUGGAAAAGUCAAGGUACACUACUGUGGCUGGAGUAAAAAGCUGGAAGAAGCCGUGACAUGCGGAAGUCCUCGCAUUCAGUCAUGGAAAGGAGGAGACAUCAACAUCUGUGUCGAGCCAGAAUACGUAGCCGGAGCUCAAGUGAUACAAAAUGUGCCAGAAAUACUCCCACCAACGGAUGAGUUACAGCCUAGUAUACCAAACUUUGUAAGACGUAGCGUAAGGACACGGAAACCUACAUACAAGUGCCGCGAAGGUUCUCCCUCUGAAUUUUCGUCCGCUACACUCUGGCUGCAUCCGUUUGGAGUUCCAGAUGAGGAUAAAGAGGUUGAUGUUCGAAACCAUUUGCGAAAGAUCAAGCAGCGUUUUAUAGAACAACCAGAAUAUUACAAUGAAAUGGAACUGGACGCAGACGGAAAUGGAGACGUAGCUGUUGUUGUUUAUUGCAAACAGUGUAGAGUCGUCAUCAACAAAUUCAGAUACUAUUGUACCUACUGCGAAGCUCCAACUGAAAGUCAAACUAUCCAAACAUUCGACUUAUGCUUAAAGUGCUUUGAUCAGGACUUUCCCUUCUGGCAUGAACAUCCUCGUUCUGGUUUUGCGGUGCAAGCUCUUCUGGAGACAAAAGAUGAUGCCCUAGAGUACAUUUCUCCCUCAUGGGAAGAAGACGUCAUAGAUCCAGAUUAUGUUCCGGAUGCUACUGAUGAAUGCUUCCAGUCAAAUGCACCAAUUGAAAGUGAUGAAGGAUACAAGUAUCUUUCGCAAUGGAAGAAGCGAAAGAUAUGCGCCCUUUGUAAUGACGAUGAUACCAGUGCGGAUUUGGGUGGAUUUGUAGGACCGUUCAUUAUUGAAACUUUCAACAAGAGAGGAGAAGAAAAGAGGAAGUCGUUUUGGAUCCAUGACGCUUGUGGAAGGUACUCACCUGAGGUUGUCGUCACUAAAGAAAACAAAUGGUAUAAUGUGACAAUUGCGCUACGUAGAGGCCGAGGAGUGAAAUGCGCAGCUUGUAAAGAAAAAGGCGCCACUAUUGGUUGCUUUGACGGAGACUGCAACAAAAGCUUCCAUAUACCAUGCACACGUAAGCCUAUCAAUUAUUUUAAGAAAGGAGUCAUUUUUUGGUGCCCAGGGCAUGAAGAAUACUAUAACAAGAAAGACACCUAUGUCAACAUCUUUCACUGUGACGCUUGCUCUAGAAAAAUGGAGCAAAAUACUUGGUUCAGCUGUCUACCUUGUAGUCAGGAAUAUUUUUCGACCUUCGAUUUGUGUUUGGAAUGCUUUGAGGGAAGUGGACGCUCCAACCACGAGCAUGAUGAAGAUUGUUUUGAGGAAACAUAUUAUAAAAGAAAUGGAAGCUCAAGAAGCAGCUGAAAAGGCGCGCAAGAAAGCAGAAGCUAGAGCUGCACAAAUGCAACUUGUUCCCAAGACGGGAUCACAAAAAAGGGCUGUAUUGCUCUUAUUGCAAUACCCAAGAAACUGUACGCUGGAGAAAAGGGUUUGAUGGUGUCCUGAUGUGCGAAGCCUGUUUCGAGUUGGCCU